CAGAGCGCGUGCUCACCACACCUGUCCAGACACCUGAGGUAACACUAUUCCACGACGCCGGGCAAGGCAAUUAAGGUGGUACUGAGUGGGACGAGUGUAACGACCAUUAGCUUACUCCACAAGCAAGACCAAUCAACCAUUGUAGGACCAUCCCUGAAGACUCCAACAGCCAGUUCUGCAGUUCCUCCAUCGGGAUGAGCGUUCAGGCGAAAGAACGAAAACCGAAGAAGCCUCACUACGUACCGCGCCCCCCUGGAAAACCGUUCAAAUACCAAUGCUUUCAGUGCCCCUUCACCUGCAACCAGAAAUCCCACCUGUUCAACCACAUGAAAUACAACCUGUGCAAGAUCUCAAUCUCCAUCAUUUCCAAACAGAAACAAACAGGCAGUAGUCCAAAGCACAGUUCCUCCACAGAGGCCAGCCUGGUUGCAAUGGAGGAACCUUCGGAGAUCAAUUGCUCAAUGCAUACCCAUGAUGUUUCCAAAGAAACAUCCUUAGGAGAGGACGUAGACAACCCAGAGUCCUCAAUGGGUAGCAAUCAUGAAAGCAGUGUACCUCCAAAAGAGUUGGUAUCUCCAAUGGAGCAAAUUCUAGAGAUCCAGGUGGAGAAGCCAAACAUUGAACCAUCUACCAAAAAUGGGGAUGUUUCUUCUAGUCUUCCAGCUCUGAACCAAAGUGGAUCCUUCGAGAAGAAAAGACACGACGAGAUGGAUCCACCAAGGUCACAUUUCUCUGACGCCUCAAAUGGGACAUCAUCUCUGGGUGACGGCAAGAAAAUGGCAUCACCUGUCAACAAACCAGAAGUUUUUCUUUCACAGCCUGUUCCUCAUGCAUACUGGAGACCACCAAUCUCAUUCGUGCCAAGCUCUCAAAGUCUCGAACACAAACUGGAAUGUGCGAUGGAUUUUCCAUAUUAUGGCGCUGUCCUUACCGGAUAUCAUUCUUGGAGCGUUCCAACACCUUUGCAUCCACCUUACCCCCAGUUUCACCCCUACCUUCUGCCAAGUAACAUUUAUGACCCCACCACAACUCACCCACACCUUCGUCCUUACAUCCUAGAAACUCACAGACUCCACCCUAUGUUUCCAAGGCAACUGUUGCCAGCGAAUUCCCUGCCACCGAUUUCCAAAGAGUAUCUCAGAUACUUCCACACAUUUCCAAACCCCAACUAUGGCCACUACCUCCCACAACAGCAAAAUCAUCCCGUAACGCCCUCCGUUACUACGUACUCAGAACUGACACACCCCAUGAUGGAUAUUAACUCUGCAUUUUCAGAGACGACAAUACACAAAGCCUCCAACCCCUCAAACAUACCGCAUGAUCCGUUCUUCGUGGCGGAAGGCUCAUCUGAACAUAGAGAUCCAAGAAUGAAACUGGAUGAAAAGGAGCUUCAGGUGAGUCCACAGAGUGGACGCACCGCCACUGGAUCACCAGAUAGCCCAAACCCCUGCAAUGAUUCACAGGAUCCGCUAUUUGUGAGUAGGGAAGCAAUGCCAGUCAGCCAAUCAGAAGAGAGGGGCAUGGCUAUAUGGACAAAUGGGGAUGGUCAUCCAACAGGGGGCAGGAAUAUCUCUGACAGGUCUUUGUCUGCAUUCAGAGAGAUUGAGAGAUGGGAAAAAGAGGAUGCUAUGAUUCCUCUGAACCUCUCCAAGAGACGGCAGAUGACAAGUGACACUCCAGUCAAGCAAACGUUUCUUCUGAACCUGUCCACACCUCGAUCAGACAGCCAAUCACAGAGCACUUUGAUCAGAGACAGCCUCGCUCCGCAGGGGACUAUGGGCGCUGUGACAUCACAAGAGGAUCAUCUUUUAAUUGUCGAGGAAGAAACAACAGCCGCGUACGCUCUCUGCCAGCUGGCCCAGUCUGGUGUUUCAGACCUGACCAGAAACUCCAACAUCAGACAUGUUUCUAAUUCAAGUAGCUGUCAUGAGCAACAAACCAGCGCUCUUCAGAAUCCAGCGUCUGAUCGAACCGAUCAAACGAACGUCACAGAAACAUCUGCCUCUGGUAAAGUUACUCUAUGUUCAACUGAAGCAAACACAGUCUUGGCUCCUGAAACUUCUCCAGAUAAUAAAUCUGAUAUAGUUGCGGAAAGAUCCGUCCAUUCCUCUGAUGCUGCUGAAGUCUCUGCCUCCAAAUCAAAUGUUCAUUAUCGAACACGGACAAAAACACAAGGAAUAUGCAGCACGAGAAGAAAACGAAAGAGCGGCACCAAUAACCACAAUCUAAGGAAGAGAAUUAGACAUUAAUGUCACAAAAACAUAAUGGAAAUCGCAAAUAAAUGCUGCAUCUCAGCUCUUCAAAUUCUGUUCAAAUGAAUUCCUUGUCUUAUGGUUUUAUGAGGUUUUUAUGUUUGCAUAUAUAAUAAAUGGCAUUGUUUAUUCAAAGUGUUUCAUUAAUGGGAUGUUUUGCUAACUUGUACAUUAUUACUGCAGGUCUCAGUCAUUCAAACCUGCCUGAACAUCUUUAUGCAAUAAAUAAAUGUAUACAAUAUAUGCAAAUGAUUACAGGUGUGUUAAUGCUAAAAGACAAAGAUACACGCACAGUGAAGCAGGUGCACUUGAGACCUGCUAAACCGCUCAGAACGUGCCGUUAUAAAGGGCUGCAGGUUUGGGCAUGCUACUUCAGUGAGAACGUUAAACUCUCUAUAUGUCUCUGUCUGUCUUUCACAAACAGACACGGUCAUACUAGUAUUAGAGGUCUGACAGGUACAAAUGACUCUUGUACACUUCAAUAGAGCAGCUUGAACAUGAUUUUAGGCAAAUACUAUUUGCAUCCUCUGCUGGUCAUAUGAGGUACUGUUUCAGUGAGCUCACUUAAAGGGACAGGUCACCCAAAAAUAAAAGU